CCGCCCCGUUAAGCCCCGCCCCCAACGCGAGGAAGGGGCGGGGCGGGGCCGCGGUCACGCGGAGGGGGGCGGGGCAGAGGGAGCGGCGCGUGCGGCCAUGGCGGUGUUGGGCUACUGGGACAUCCGCGGCCUUGCCCAUGCCAUCCGCCUGCUGCUGGAGUACACCGAGACGCCCUACGAGGACAAGCUCUACAGUUGUGGGGAAGCUCCCGACUACGACAAGAGCCAGUGGAUCAAUGAGAAGGAGAAGCUGGGGCUGGACUUCCCCAACCUCCCUUACUUCAUCGACGGCCCCACCAAGCUGACGCAGAGCAACGCCAUCAUGCGCUACAUCGCCCGCAAGCACAAGAUGUGCGGUGAGACGGAGGAGGAGAUCCUCCGCGUGGACAUGCUGGAGAACCAGAUCAUGGAUUUCCGCAUGAGCCUGGUGAUGGUCUGCUACAACCCCGACUUCGAGAAGCUCAAGCCGGGCUACCUGGAGCAGCUCCCGGGCAAGCUGAAGCUCUUCUCCAACUUCUUGGGGGACAGAAAGUGGUUUGCAGGAGAGAAGCUCACCUUCGUGGACUUCCUGAUGUUCGACGUGCUGGAGCAGAACCGCAUCUUUGAGCCCAAGUGCCUGGAGCCCUUCAAGAACCUCAAGGACUUCAUGGAUCGCUUUGGGGCCCUGGAGAAGGUGGCUGCCUACAUGAAGUCCAGCCGCUUCCUGAAGAUGCCCAUCAACAACAAGAUGGCCAAGUGGGGCAACAAGAAGGAGUAGGGGCUUAGCAUGGGGCAAGGGCAGCUGGGGGGUCCUGACCUGGCCCCCCCGGCACCCUCCAUUGCAGGGUGGGGUGGGCACAGCUGGUGUGAAGCCCCCCAAGACAAUAAAGUGCUUUAGAUGUGGCACCCUGA